ACUGUAUUGAAAUAAAACAUCGACGCCUCCAGGAUUCUCUCACUCUCCUCCGAAAUGCAUUCGUCUCCAGCAACGACGCCGACCUCCGGUGAGGAAGCUGAUCUUCAGUAUCCACGGAUUAUAGAACCAUAAUGCGACAAUGAGGUUUUAGGGGUUCUGCAUAAAGGUAGAGGCAAUUCUAAGAUAAGCAACAUCGAUCGUGAGAAGCGCAAACACGCAAACAGUUGGUUAAUGACUUUUUAAGGUGCUACUACCACAAGUGAGAAUUGCCAGCAAUGGAGGUUGCUAGUGAAAUAAUGAAAGGAGUUUUUCAGGUUCUCAUGGUUCCAGUUAAAAAACAACUGGAUUACCUGAUUUCGUACAAACAAUAUGUAGGGAAGAUGCACACCAAAUUGAAGGAUUUGGAUGCUGCAAGAGUCGGUGUGGAAUCCCAGAAGAAGCAAAACAGAGAAAGACGUCUUGAGGUUCCUGCCCAAGUCGACCCUUGGUUGAUAGAAGUAGAAAAGAUGAAUAAAAAGGUAGCAGACUUUCCAAGUGAAGUCCUCGGUUGUCUCGAUCUCAAGAGUAGACACAAGCUUGGAAGGAAAGCCUUCAAGAUAUUCAAGGAGAUCGAGAGUGUUCUGGGACGAUGCCCUGAUAUCCGAGGUACUGAACUACAAAUUCCUGUGGGGAGAAUUGAUUCCAUAAUGGCAUCCACCUCUACACCAUCACGUGAUCGAAAUGAAUUCCGCUCAAGAGAGAAGACUUUUACGGAAGCACUCGAAGCGCUUGGACCCAACCACAGUUCCCACAUGGUAGCCUUAUGUGGGAUGGGUGGAGUGGGAAAGACGACAAUGAUGAAGAAGUUGAAAGAGGUUGUGGUUGAAAAGAAAAUGUUUAAUCAUUAUGUUGAGGCGGUGAUAGGGGAAAAGAUGGACCCCAUUGCAAUUCAGCAAGCUGUUGCAGAGUACCUUGGUAUAAUUCUAACCGAAACCACUAAACGAGCAAGAACUGAGCAGCUCCAUAAAUGGUUUGCAAUCAAUGCAGAUGGAGGAAAGAAGAAGUUCCUGGUAAUCCUGGACGAUGUAUGGCAGUCUGUUGAUAUGGAAGAUAUUGGUUUAAGCUGUUUGCCAAAUCAAGGUGUCGACUUCAAGGUCUUGAUUACAUCACGGGACCAAGCAGUUUGCACUGAGAUGGGAGUUAAAGUUGAUUCGGUUCUCAAGGUGAGUGUCCUAGAGGAAGCGGAAGCACAAAGCUUGUUCCUCCAACUUUGGGAACCUUCUGAUGAUGUUGAUCCUGACUUUCAUAAGAUCGGAGAAGAAAUUGUAAGGAAGUGUUGCGGUCUACCCAUUGCCAUCAAAACCAUGGCCUGUACUCUUAGAAGUAAAAACAAGGAUACAUGGAAGAAUGCACUUUCUCGUUUACAGCACCAUGAUAUUAAUACAGUUGCACCUGCUGUUUUUAAAACAAGUUAUGACAAUCUUCGAGACGAGGUUGCCGAAGCUACUUUUUUGCUCUGCGGUUUGUUUCCAGAGGACUUCAAUAUUCGUACUGAGGACCUUCUGUGGUAUGGAUGGGGCUUAAAAUUAUUCAAGGGACUAGAUACUAUAAGAGAAGCAAGAUACAAGCUGAACACAUGCAUUGAGCGGCUCAUACAUACCAAUUUGUUGAUCGAAAGUGAUAAAGUUUGGCGCGUCAAGAUGCAUGAUCUGGUGCGUGCUUUUGUUUUGGAUAUGUUUUCCAAAGUCGAGCAUGCUUCCAUUGUCAACCAUGGUAGCAGUAAGCCAGGGUGGCCUGAAACUGAAAAUGAUGUGAGCGCCUCUUGCAAAAGAAUCUCAUUAACAUGCGAGGAUAUUAUUGAGUUUCCUAGUGACCUCAAGUUUCCAAACCUCUCGAUUCUGAAGCUUAUGCAUGGGGAUGAGUCGUUGAGUUUUCCUCAAGGCUUUUAUGAAGAAAUGGGAAAGCUUCAAGUUAUAUCGUAUGAUCAUAUGGAUUCUCCAUUGCUUUUCUCGUCACUUGAAUGCUCCACCAACAUUCGAGUGCUUCGUCUCCAUCAAUGCUCAUUGACAUUUGAUUUAUCUUCUGUUGGAAACCUGCUGAAUCUGGAAGUGCUCAGCUUUGCUAGAUCUAUUAUUAAAUCUCUACCUUCAACAAUCGGAAAUUUGAAGAAGCUAAGGGUACUGGAUGUGACAGGUUGUGGUGGUCUUCAUAUAGAUAAUGGUGUCUUUAAAAAUUGGGUCAGACUUGAAGUGCUUUAUGCAUACUCGUUUGAUCGUUAUGGAAAUGCCAUUAGCUUCACAGGUGAUAAGUGCAAUGAAGUGGCAGAACGUUGGAAAAAUCUUUCUGCAUUAGAAUUUGAGUUCUUUACAGACAAUGCUCAAUGGAAGAAUCUGUCAUUUGAGAAUCUUGAACGAUUCAAGAUUUCAGUUGGACGUUCUUUAGAAGGAGAUUAUGUUAUUAAAGAGAGCAAGCACUCAUUCAAAAACACGUUGAAGUUGGUAACCAAGAAAGGUGUACUAUUAAAAUCUAGAAUUAACGAGUUGUUUGAGAAAACGGAGGUGCUUUGUUUAAGUGUGGAUGGUAUGAAUGAUCUUGAAGAUGUUGGGGUGAAGUCCUCACUUCGUCCUCAGUCCUCUUCAUUCCGCAAUUUAAGAAUCCUUGUUGUUUCAGAAUGUGCAGAGUUGAAAUACCUUUUCACAUUCAGUGUUGCAAAAAUUUUGUCAAAUCUUGAGCAUCUUCAGGUUUCUAAUUGCCCUGUUAUGAAAGAACUCAUACAACUUGAGAGUGGCGUAGAAGAUACAAUUGAGUUCCCCAAGUUAAAGAUUCUAUCGUUGAGUAGGCUACCAGAGCUAUUGGGUCUAUGCCUGAAUGUCAACAUAAUUAUUGAGCUACCACAACUCAUGGAUUUAGAAAUUGGAGGUAUUCCAAAUAUCACAAGCAUUUAUUCCAAGAAUAAGCGGGCAACAUCUUGCUUGUUAACGGAAAAGGUUUUGAUUCCAAAGUUGGAGAAACUGUGCAUUGAUUAUAUGAAGGAUCUGAAGGAGAUAUGGCCUUGCGACUAUCGGACGAGUGGGGCAGUUAAGUUGAGAGAGAUUCAAGUGGAACAUUGUAAUAAUCUUGUGAAUAUGUUUCCGUGCAAUCCCAUGCCAAUGUUGUGUCAUCUGGAAGAACUUGAAGUCAGACAUUGUAGGUCCAUUGAAGAUUUAUUCAAAAUUGACUUGGAUUGCAUUGCAGCAGAUGAAAAAGGAAGCAUCAGCUUGAAAAAGAUUAAGUUGUUCAGUUGUGAUAAACUUGUGAAUUUGUUUCCUUGGAAUUUCAUGCCAUUCUUGCAUCAUCUGGAAGAGCUUGAGGUAAGGGAUUGUGGUUCCAUUGAAGAGUUAUUCAAUAUUCACUUGGAUUGUGUUGCUGCAUUUGAAAAAUGCAGCAUCAGCUUGAAAAAGAUUUGUGUGGACGGUUGUGAUAAACUUGUGAAUCUUUUUCCAUGCAAUUCCAUGGAAUUCUUGCAUCAUCUGGAAGAGCUUGACAUCAUGGGUUGUGGUUCACUUGAAGAUUUAUUCAAUAUUCAGUUGGAUUGUGUUGCUGCAUUUGAAAAAGGCAGCAUCAGCUUGAAAAGGAUUUUCGUGUCCCGUUGUGAUAAACUUGUGAAUCUGUUUCCAUGCAAUCCGCUACCAUUGCUGCAUCGUCUGGAAGAGCUUGUGGUUUGGAAAUGUGGUUCCAUUGAAGAGUUAUUCAACAUUGGCUUGGAUUGUGUUGCUGCAAUUGAAAAAGGCAGCAUCAGCUUGAGAAGGAUUGAUGUGUCUAGCUGUGAUAAACUUGUGGAUUUGUUUCCGUGCAAUCCCCUGCAAUUGCUACAACAUCUUGAAGAGCUUCAAGUACAGAAAUGUCGUUCCAUUGAAGCGUUAUUCAACAUCGACUUGGAUUGUGUUGGUGAAACUGGAGAAGGCGGCACCAGCAGCUUGAGAAGCAUUGAAGUAAGGAAAUUAGGAAAGUUACAAGAGGUGUGGAGGAUAAAAGGUGCAAAUCACUCUCGUAUCCCUAUCCGUGGCUUUCAAGCUGUUGAAAGCAUAAGAAUUAAAAAUUGUAAUAGGUUUAGAAAUAUAUUCUCACCCUCCGCCUCCAAUUUUGAUCUCGGGGCACUCACCUCUAUGGAUAUAAUUGAAUCGGGAGAAAUUAGGAGAAAAUAUGGAUCGGUGGAAAGUAGCCAAGGGCAAGAGAAUACUCUAUUCCCAACCAAUCACAUACACUCAUUUCAUUAUCUCCGUAAUCUUGAGUUGGUGGAAUAUCAAGGAGUGGAGGUGAUAUUUGAGAUGAAGAGUACUCCAACAAGUCAGGAUAAUCAACAGCGAAUACUUCCCUACCUUGAGAAUUUGGAUAUAAGAUCUUUGGGGAGGAUGAGUCACGUGUGGAAGUGCAACUGGAACAAGUUCUUAAUUCUUCACAGAAAACCGUCAGAAUCCCCAUUCCACAACCUCACAAUCAUAGAAAUGAAAAGUUGUCGUAGAAUCAAGUACUUGUUUUCACCUCUCAUGGCAAAACUUCUUUCCAACCUAAAGAAAGUCGAGAUAGAAGGUUGUGCUGGUAUGGAAGAAGUUGUUUCAAACAGAGACGAUGAAGAAGAAGAAGAAAGAAUAACAUCUACAUCUACCCACAUAACAAGCACCACUCUAUUCCCUCUUCUUGAUUCUCUCAUUUUAGAAAGCCUGCAAAAUCUCAAGUGUAUUGGUGGUGGUGGUGGUGCCAAGGCUGGGAACAAUGAAAUAUCUUUCAGCAGUACCACUACAACUACCUCCUUUCUUGAUCAAUAUAAGUUUUCUCAAGUGGAUGGUGUUUCUUGGACCUUAUGCCAAUACCCUAGAGAGAUAAGUAUAUGGAAGUGUCAUGCAUUGUUAAAUGUGAUUCCAUGGCAUGCAGCAGGACAGAUACAAAAGCUUCAAGUGCUGAAAAUAUACUCUUGCGACAAGAUGAAGGAGGUGUUUGAAACUCAAGGGAUGAACAAAAGCGUUAUUACCCUGAAACUUCCCAACCUAAAGAAAUUGGAAAUUACUUAUUGUGACCUUUUGGAGCAUAUAUUCACAUCUUCCACACUUGAAAGUCUCGUGCAACUUGAAGAGUUAUGUAUAACAAAUUGCGAUGCAAUGAAAGAGAUUGUGGUGAAGGAAGAAGAUGAUGAAGUAGAGAAAACAACAACAAAGACAUCUUUUUCUAAGGCCGUGGCCUUUCCUUGUCUAAAAACUAUUAAACUAGAGCACCUACCGGAGCUGGUGGGUUUCUUUUUAGGGAUCAACAAAAGUGUUAUUAUGCUUGAACUGGGCAACCUAAAGAAACUGGAAAUUACUUAUUGUGGCCUUUUGGAACAUAUAUUUACAUUUUCUACACUUGAAAGCCUCGUACAACUUGAAAAAUUAAUGAUAAAAAAUUGCAAGGCAAUGAAAGUGAUUGUGGUGAAGGAAGAAGAUGAUGGAGUAGAGAAAACAACAACAAAUGGAUCUUCUUCUAAGGCUAUGGUGAAGUUUCCUCGUCUAAAGUCCAUUACACUACUUAAUCUACGAGAGCUGGUGGGUUUCUUUUUAGGGACGAACGAGUUCCAGUGGCCUUCAUUAGACGAGCUUGGAAUCUUUAAUUGCCCAGAGAUGAAGGUGUUCACAUCUGGUGGGUCGACAGCUCCACAGCUCAAGUAUGUGCAAACAUGGACUGGAAAAUAUAGUCCUCCUGGAAGUUGGUUUAAUUCACAUGUGACAACCACUAAUACUGGACAGCAGCAUCAGGAGACCCCAUGCCCGAAUUUAGAAAGUAGAAGCUCCUCAUGCCCUGCCGCGUCUACUUCAGAAGACGAGAUCAACAUUUGGUCUUUUCAUAAUAUGAUCGAAUUAGAUGUGGCAUAUAAUCAUCAUGUUGAAAAGAUUAUUCCAUCCAACGAGUUGCUACAACUGCAAAAGCUGGAAAAGAUUCAGGUAAGGGACUGUAAUUCUGCAGAGGAGGUGUUUGAAGCGUUGGAAGGGACAAAUAAUAGUGGUUUUGAUGAAUCACAAACAACUCUUGUCCAACUUCCAAACCUAACCCAAGUGGAGUUAGAUAAGCUACCUUGUCUGAGGUAUAUAUGGAAGAGCAAUCGGUGUACGGUGUUUGAGUUUCCAACCCUAACAAGAGUCUCUAUUGAGAGAUGUGAUAGGUUAGAACAUGUUUUUAGUAGUUCCAUGGUUGGUAGCCUGUUGCAACUCCAAGAGCUACAUAUCAUUAAGUGCAAACACAUGGGGGAGGUAUUUGUUGUAGAAGAAGAAGAGGAGGAAUCUGAUGGCAAAAUGAAUGAGAUUGUGUUCCCUCGCGGAUUUUUCAUUCCCAUUAUUGGAUACUUUGACUAUCAAGAGAUGCCCAACAAUGAUGACUUUCACCAUGGGAAAUUCCUCUACCCCACAGCUAAAACAGACCAAAACAGGUUAUGGCCCGUCUUAUGUAGAGGAAGACAUCAACUCCUUUAUAAAUAUGAAUCAAGAGGGAUUCAACAGAAACAGAUAUCAUUUUGAUUAUUCGUCUGAUGAAGCGGGAGACCAGGAUUUUUAAUGUCAACAUUAUAUCAAAGAUUAUGGUGAUGUGAAAUCUUGCAUUGGAUUACAACUUAAGAUUGUGCUUGCUUGUUUUUAUGUACAACCUCAAGAAUCAAAGGAGAUAAGCUUUGAAAACAUCCACCAUUUGAUAUUUUCCUUUGAAAACAAUGUCCUUGUUUUGGUUCUAGUUAGUACUCACGUCUUUUCCCCCUUGCUUUAGUUGUAAUUUCCAAGGACUCAAUUGCUUGACAAAAACAAACCACAGGGACAAUUUUGUAAUUUACUCUU